CCAUACCAUAGGGAAGAAUCACUUCUGUCACUAUCGUGAAACGACGCAAAAAUAUAUUUUAACCACGUGAAUAUAUAAGCGGACAAGUUCUCUCCACGCUUUACAGUUACCCACAUUCACGAGGAACUGCUUUGUUUUUGAUGAUGAGAUGCAGUGCGGAUAUUUCCGCCGGCGCAGUGCAAUUUCACGGAUUUUCACCAUAAUUAUUUUUCAGUAAUUGUUUUUGAGAAUUUAUUGGAAAGGCUUCACAAGGCCAAACGUGCCAUUGAGAAUUUGACAGGCCACAGUUUUGAGAAUCACUCCUUCAGGCUGUCGUACAUACUGGACGAGGAGGCAGGAAGGGACGGGGGUGGAAGACCCCAGGUCCUGCGAGGGGCAUCCAAAAUGGGGACGGGAAGCCGGGAGCAGGAGUUUGGUCAACCAGGGGCCAUGGGAGGGUUCCAUGGUCCCAGGCAGCGUCAGCAUGAGCUGCCUCUAAGAAUCCUUGUACCGACUCAGUUUGUGGGAGCCAUCAUUGGGAAAGAGGGGCACACCAUAAAGAACAUCACAAAGCAGACACAGUCCAAGGUGGAUAUCCAUCGUAAGGAGAAUGCAGGGGCGACUGAGAAGGCCAUCUCUAUCCACUCAUCUAAAGAAGGCUGUUCACAAGCCUGCAGGAUGAUACUUGAAAUCAUGGAGAAAGAGGCCAAUGACACUAAGAUGGUUGAGGAGGUUCCUCUGAAGAUUUUGGCACAAAAUAGCCUAGUUGGGAGACUCAUAGGGAAGGAGGGAAGGAACCUGAAGAAGAUUGAGCAAGACACUGGGACCAAAAUCACCAUCUCCUCAUUGCAAGACCUAACUAUAUAUAACCAGGAACGUACCAUAACAGUGAGGGGUGGGGUAGAGGAGUGCUGUAAUGCAGAGGUGGAGAUCAUGAAGAAACUUAGAGAAGCCCAUGAGAAUGACAUGGCUGCUGUAAAUCAGCAGACUAACAUGAUGUCUGGUCUAAACCUGAGUGCACUGGGGAUCUUUUCCUCUGGUUUGUCCAUGCUCCCUCCCACCUCUGGUCUGCGUGGAGCUGUGACCACCCCAGCCAACUACAGUCCCCUGCUGGGGCCCUCAUCGUUAAUGGGGGGUCUGUAUGGGAUCCCCUCCACAGGAGCACUACCUCAUCAGCAAACAAAUGAACAGGAAGUGGUGUACCUCUUCAUCCCCACUCCAGCAGUAGGGGCUCUCAUCGGCAAGAAAGGACAGCACAUUAAAGAGCUGGCACGCUAUGCUGGAGCCUCAUUAAAAAUCGCCCAACCAGACAGUCCUGAUGACCCUGACAGGAUGGUCAUCAUCACUGGACCUCCAGAUGCUCAGUUCAAGGCACAGGGGAGGAUAUAUGGAAGGUUAAAAGAAGAGAAUUUUUUCACUGCUACAGAGGAAGUGAAGCUGGAGGCACAUGUAAAAGUGCCCUCAAUCGCUGCUGGGCGAGUCAUUGGGAAGGGUGGCAAAACUGUCAAUGAGCUACAGAAUCUCACCAGUGCUGAGGUCAUUGUACCACGGGACCAGACACCAGAUGAGAGUGAUGAGGUGUUGGUUAAGAUAAUUGGACAUUUCUUUGCCAGUCAGGCAGCCCAGCGCAAGAUCAGGGAGAUCGUUCAGCAGGUCAAACAGCAAGAGCGGAAACACCAGCAAAUGGUGCCAGCACAUCCGCAACAAUCAGAUUGAUCACCGGCCUGCACCAGCCAGCAACAGCUGUGUAGCUUAUGCGAGGACAAAUCUAUAUGAAAGAAAGAAUUAGACAGAAAAGUCUGAAAAUCAGGCAGAAUGAACUAGAUAGUGAGACAGAGUGGGAAGCAGAGAGAGCUGAAGAGGACCAGCAGUUGAAAAAAAAAACAAAGAACUUUAAGCACAAAAACAUAUGGGCUUGUGGAUAUGAAUGAACCUGAAAGAUGAAUAAUUAUAUUUAUCAGGUUAGAGACAUCACCUAAGGCCAGCCUCUCACCAACUAAUUGUUCAGACGAUUUCAACCAAAUAGCUGUGCACAGCACUUCUCAAUACGGAUUAAGCUGAUUUACAAACACUUAAUAAGUAUUGAGGAUUUAUGCACUGAUUCUGAUGGGAGAGUGUUGGGUGGGGUGAAGGCACAUAACAGGUAGAUGUUAUAGUGAAUAUAAAACUUGCAGGUGUAGUUAUGCAUUAGAUGUGCUAAUUUAUUAAAAGAUAAUUUCUCAAAUAAUGUUCUGUAGUUUUAUUCAGUGGUUAGAUUUAGUUUGGAAAUUAAUUUCAGACUAUUUCAUGUGAGAAAUCAGAUAUUAUGUAUUUUUCUUUCCAGCAGCUGAACAGUACAGCACAGUAACUAAAAGCAUUAAAGUGAUGUUGGGAUGUAAUAUCAUUAGAUAACUAGUCCGUGUGCCUUUUUUUCCACUGCUGAGUCUGAACAAUCUCUGCUUGCAGCUCUGUUCUCUCCUUUUUAAUUAUUUCUUAUUAAUUUCCUUUCCUUAAAAUGUUUCCCUGUUCCACACACUACAUGAGAGCAUCAUCUGUGUGCCAACUGAGCAUAAAACCUAAGAAUAUAAUAACAGUACAAUCACAAAACAUAAGAAAUAUCUACAAUAUCUUACUUUGGGAAUCUAAUGCUAAUAGCAGGUUAUUUUCACUCAUGAUAUUACCUUCAGUAUAGCCAACAUACACACUUGGAAAGCAACAUCUUUGAAAUGCACAGUGAAAACAAAGCAGCAGAAGUGUGAUCUGCAAAGUCUUUUGGCCCUUUAGUAGGCGCCCAUGGGAGCACAAAGUAGGUUUCCCUGACACUCAUAAAUGUGUAUGAUGCAAAUGCAUUCUGCAAACAUCUACUUGCUGUGUGGCAAAUAGGCAUUAUUACAUUUUGAGGUAAUUUGCUAAGAUGGAAAACCAUGAUCUGCUCUUUAACAGCUCUGUGAAUCAGCCCACAGUUUCUCCUGCAAGUACAUUUUUGCUCUGGUGAUGUCUACAUAGACAGAGAAGACAGAAAUAUUUAUAAAGGCUUGUGAAUUUUUUUCCUUCUCCUAAAUUCAGGUGAGGACAAAAGAGCAAAGCAGAGGCAAAUGUGAAGGUUUUGUUUUUUUUGUUUUUUUGAAAGAAAUUUCCCUAUUUUGCUGUGCAUUGUUAUUCAAUCGAAAUGUUAACCAUGGAUAAAGACAAAACAAAGUGCAGUUUAAGAAAACAUUGAUUUAUUUACUGAUAAUUGAAAAGUGUGGAUAUUUCUUGACUGAUCAUAUGCAAACAGCAAGUAUUGGAGUGCUGUACAUGCAGUCAAAACACAGAGAGGGAAACUAUGAUAUUGACCGACUGGUACAACAAUUAGUGAGGCAUUAAACUUGUAGAUUGUGUGCAUAGGUCGAAAAUAUGACCUUUGUGUGAACCAGGACAAUAUAACGUUCUACCUCAAGAACAUGGUACCUCACUCCAAUCUUUUUUCCCUUUUGCAUAUUUUGUAUACCUUGUAAAGCUCUCGAUUUAGAGCAUUUUUUAAAAUGUUUCCACAUAAAAGAACUAGUACAAGCCACCAACACGAAUGCUUGUUCUUGGGAGGGAGGCUUUCGACCCCUGGAUCAAAAACUGAUAUUUGCUUUAUGGACUGUUUGGCCCAGAUUAACUCUUAAAUUUAGAUUAAUACAAUUUACUCUUGGGCAACUGAGCAUAUGGGUAGACAAUACUAAUAGUAAUAGUUUUUCUUGCAGUGUUUAUGUUUGUACUUGAAUGUCUUGGUUGUUCAGAUGUAGUCUAGGAAUAUAGCUUUAUCCAACUAUACAUCGUUCUUCAUCCUUUAUAGGGUGAUCUAAAAAUAGGAUUAUAUCUUUAUAUUACUCUGAUACAAAUGCUCGCCAGUUUUAUCUGUGUUUUGGCCAAUGGAGGUCAAAUGAGAUGGCCUCUAACAUGUCAGUUUUAAAUUGUUAUUAACACCAUGUUUGUGUGAGGUUUUAGUAUAGGGAUAAUUUCCUGCAGUUUACUGCUGAAUGUUAGCAUAAUAAGAUUAGACAUGGUUUUAUGUCAGUUGUCCUUUUGACUGUGAUAUUUGUUGUUCUGUAGUAAACUUUUGCUGUCAAACCGGAGAGAUGUCCAGCUGUCACGAAACCAUCUUUUAUUAUGUCAAUUACAAUGACAUUGUAUCACAUGUACAUGAAACUUAAUCUUUGACCUUCACUUCUGCAGCUGUCUCUGCAUCCAUUUCUCCUCAAGUUCAAUCUUUUUCAAAAUGUCUUGAAAUUAAACCACUUGAAAUUAUAAUGAAUGCUAUCUGGUGUUGGAAGUGGUAUUCCUUUCAUGCUGAUUUUAUUUUUAUUAUUUUUUUUUUUUCAUAUCAAAUCAUAAUGACAACAAGUGUUAUGUAAAUGCUUGGUUAAAAAAAACUGAUUUCUGAUCUGGGCAAAAGGUAAAGUGUAAUCCAUUGGUAUGCCUUUAGGACCAGGUGAAUUAGGUACAAUUUGACUGUGAGAGAAGACUCGUGAAUAUACUUUUCUAUUUUUAUGUUUUCUAAGAGUAAGAGUAAGAUUUUCACUUAUCAAAUUUGUUUGUAUUACAUGGUUUAUCAAAAAUGGACCUGAAAGAGUCUAAAUCUCAAAGAAAAACUUAUAAUUCAAUAUACAGGUAUACACAACACAAAUUAGGUUAUAUCUAAACAGUUUGGUAUAAUACAAGUUGGGCUGUUGAUUUAACAUGUUAAUUUAGUGUGCUAAAUUAUAUUCAAAAUAACACGUUAAAAAUGUAUUUAAGCCUCCUGUCCCAUAAAUAAAUCCAUAAAUAAAAGUAUGUAUUUUCCUAGUAUCGGACCAACUCAAGCUUGAAGUACAUGUAACUUUGUGGUUGUAUAGGGGUAUUUCACACAAAAAAAUACCUUCUCUAAUUUUAUACUCACCCUCAUAUCCCAGAUUUCUUUCUUUUGAAAUUAUUCUGACUUUCUUUCUUCAGCUGAACAAAACAAAGAUUUUAUGAAGAAUAAUUCAGCUCUGUAUAUCCUCACAAUGCAAUGUUGAAGCUCAAAAAAAGCAAAUAA